AUGGUUGAUAAAAUUGAUAUGGCUUUGGACGACAUCAUUAAAGCUGGAAAAAAAGGAGGAAGAGGAGGAGGUGCUGGAAGAAAAAUGGAUACAAAAAAAUCAAAUCGUGGUGCAGGAGGUGGCUUUCGAGGCAACCGUUCGGGUGGCACUUUGCGUGGCAGAAAUCGUGGUGGGGUGUCCAAACCAACAAAUUAUUCAAGGGGUGAUGUUAACAGUACGUGGAAACAUGACAUGUUCAAUGAAUUCAGUACCAUGAAAAUUCAGAGAGGUGCACAAAUAUCGACUGGACCUAGCAAACUGCUUGUUUCCAAUUUAGAUUUUGCAGUUUCAGACUCGGAUAUCCAGGAAUUGUUUUCAGAGUUCGGUAUUUUAAAAAGUGCCGCAGUGCACUAUGAUAGAUCUGGCAGAUCUUUAGGUACAGCUGAUGUAGUCUUUAACCGGAGAGCAGAUGCAUUAAAAGCAAUGAAGCAGUACAAUGGUGUUCCACUUGAUGGUCGAGCAAUGAACAUUCAACUAGCAACAUCUGAAAUUAGCUCAUUGAGAGCAGAACCUAGAAACAAACCUAUAGUAGGAAGAGUAAUGAGAAGAAAUUCUGGGAACAAAGAGGGCAAUGUUCACAAAGUAAAUGUUCGUGGACGUGGUGGAAAGCGUGGUGGACGAGGAGCUGGAAUAAGAGGAAAGCGGCCAGUACCAACUGCUGAACAACUUGAUGCAGAGUUAGAUGCAUAUGUAAAAGAAAUCAAGUGA